ACGAGGGUGAAUUCAAUUUUUGAUACUGUUAGUCAGUAAUGUUUAUGUUCGUAACCAUGCGAUGCCAUGAGAAUAUCUAAUCCAUUGCAAGAGGACUCACUUCAGAGAUAUAUCACAAUCACAAUUGCAUUGCAUGCUUCUGUUCUCUUCUCUACUCUUUCUUUUACUGCACUGGAAAUUUUGAAUUGGAUGUAUCUGUAUGCGUAUCCCUUCUAACGCAUCUAUUCCCUCUCACUCAUAACUCCACCCUUUCUUCUUAUCACCCCUACCCACCACUCCCAUUCUCAACACUGCUUAGAUUUUCCCUCACAUUUCCCCAACCCACUAAGGCUUUUCAAUUUUCAUCACUUUUUCACUACUGGGUUGUCAGGGUUCCAUCUUUUUGGGCUUCUUUUUGGUCAAAGAUCUGGCCUUUUUCUGUUUGGUGUUCCUUUUUUGAGAUGUGGUGAUCUGGGUUUGUGGUGCCUGUCCUUGUGAAUCUCGCUCCGCAAUCCACGUCGAUAGAGCUCAGGGGGUUCUAAGAGAUGGGUGCUGAUCUUAAAGAAGAAUUGUCCGUGAAAACUCCUGUUUUUGAUCUUAAGGUUUGGGAACUGAUUGGAAUUGCGGUUGGACUGUUUAUCAUUGUCAUCCUCUGUGUGCUCUCAUUCUGCCUUACUUCAAGGAAGAAGUCUAGAAAAGCUAGGGAUAGGGUUCCUGUUAGUCAUAUACCUGCUGUCUCAAAGGAAAUCACAGAAGUGAGAGUUGAGCAAGUGCCGGCGAAUGGAUUUGUUCCACGUGAAGGAAUACUUCUGACAAUUCAUGAUAAAUCCAGUGACAAAGAAUCAGACAAAGUUAUGCUCCAUUUAGGUGUUGGGAAGAAGAAGCAUGCAGAUAGUGGUAGUCACUCGGAUUCGUUUCAUUACUUGGAGAAAGAUGGUGGAGGGUCACAAUCAGGGGAGGAGAUUAGCUCUGGCUCGGUUGGAAUGUACAUGCCAUCUUCUUCAUACCCUAUAACAGCUCCUUCACCUCUCUCUGGUCUUCCAGAAUUCUCUCACUUGGGUUGGGGUCACUGGUUUACUCUGAGGGAUCUCGAGCUUGCUACAAACCGUUUUUCAAAAGAAAAUGUAAUUGGUGAGGGUGGCUAUGGAGUUGUUUACCGGGGACAGUUGAUCAAUGGGACUCCAGUGGCAGUUAAAAAGAUACUCAAUAACAUUGGUCAAGCUGAGAAAGAAUUUAGAGUGGAAGUUGAAGCUAUUGGUCAUGUCCGGCAUAAAAAUUUGGUUCGACUUUUGGGGUACUGCAUGGAGGGGACUCACAGGAUGUUAGUCUAUGAAUACGUCAGUAAUGGAAACUUAGAGCAAUGGCUUCACGGAGCUAUGCGACAUCAUGGAUAUCUUACCUGGGAAGCACGUAUAAAGAUUCUCCUUGGCACAGCUAAGGGGCUUGCAUAUUUGCAUGAAGCGAUUGAGCCAAAGGUGGUGCACCGAGAUAUCAAGUCAAGCAACAUAUUAAUUGAUGAUGACUUUAAUGCCAAGGUUUCUGAUUUUGGCCUGGCCAAGUUACUGGGUUCUGGGAAGAGUCAUGUUGCAACACGAGUUAUGGGAACCUUUGGAUAUGUGGCCCCUGAAUAUGCAAAUACUGGUCUUCUAAAUGAAAAAAGUGAUGUAUAUAGCUUUGGUGUUGUGCUAUUGGAAGCAAUUACUGGAAGAGAUCCAAUUGACUAUGGUCGCCCAGCACAGGAAGUUAACAUGGUUGAUUGGCUGAAGAUGAUGGUUGGAAACAGACGAUCAGAAGAAGUGGUGGACCCAAACAUUGAGGUGAAGCCAUCUACCAGGGCUUUGAAACGGGCGCUCUUAACUGCUUUGAGAUGUGUAGAUCCAGAUUCAGAGAAAAGACCCAAGAUGGGUCAAGUUGUGCGUAUGCUUGAGUCAGAGGAGUACCCUUUAGCUAGAGAGGACCGUAGGCAUCGAAGAAAUCAUGGGGUUAACUCAGAAAUUGAAUCCCAUAAGGAUAGUUCUGACACGGAUGGGAGUGACAUUCAAGGUUCUAGAUCAGAAAGUGGAAGAUUCUUGGAUUUGCCUAACCGAGAUGGCUAUGGCAGAGGCUGAGCAGGGGAUAAUAUUAAUUUUUGUGUUUUCUUUUCCUUUAUUUUGUUGUAGAAGAAUAGGUAUUUGUUCUAGAAGGAUAUAUUGUUUGUGUAUGAAGGUGGGUGUUAUUUAUAAAAACCCAAAUUAUUUGGGGUAUGUACAGAAUCCGAUAGCUUUUUACUAGAUUUAUUUGAUAAAUUCGUUGGCCUUGUCA